UCUACUCUCAUCUCUAUCAAUAAAAAUCAAAAAGAAAAAAAAAGACAAACAAAUACAUACGUUACACCAUCCCCCACCUUCCAUUUCAUUCACCCCCCCAACUCACACUUUCAACCCAAUCAAAACCAAAUUCCCAACCGUAAAUUUCAAAACCCUAACUAACUAACUAAUGCUAACAACCGCCGUCACCGCGGCAGCUACAGUUCCGGCUUCCGCGGUGUACGCUGCCGCCACUUCUCGUAAUCAAAAAUGUUAUCGAAAAAACGGUUGCCGUGCGGUCGCCGGAAACUUGGGCCAUUUUGUUGAGAUAGUUAAAAAGGAUGUUGAUUUUUUGAAGAAGAAUAUAAGUGAUGGAUUGAAUUGGACAAGUGAAGCUAUUCGGUUUCCGAAAAUUAAGAAGAAAGUGGAUGAAGUUGUUUGGUUGAAGAAUCUUGAAGAUCCUAAUUAUGAAAAAAAGUCUAAUUCUUGGCCUCAGCCUUAUUAUCCAGAACUAUCUGGCACUGAUCUUGUAUUGGCUGAUCUUAAAGCUUUGGAGGCUUAUAUACUCUAUUAUUACUAUUUGUCUAAAAUGUGGUCCAAGCCACUUCCAGAAGUUUAUAACCCACAAGAAGCUGAUGACUAUUUCAAAUGCCGGCCUCAUAUUGUGGCCCUUCGACUAAUUGAGGUUUUUGGUUCUUUUGCCUCAGCUGCAAUCAGAAUAAGAUUAGCGGGAAUUAAAAGGUCAAAAAGUUCAAGUUUAGGCACAGAGGCUGAUGAAUACUAUUCCCAGUACAAUUUCGGGAUGGUGUUAAAAGAAACAAUGCUAAACUUGGGUCCUACUUUUAUUAAAGUUGGCCAGUCCCUUUCUACAAGGCCAGAUAUUAUUGGCUUUCCCAUAUCCAAGGCUUUAGGUGAGCUUCAUGAUCAAAUCCCCCCUUUCCCCCGGGAUUUAGCCAUGAAAAUUAUAGAGGAAGAAUUAGGUUCACCUGUGGACACCUUCUUCAGUUACAUCUCUGAUGAAGCGGUAGCUGCAGCAUCAUUUGGUCAGGUCUACAGGGCAAAUACAAUAGAUGGUGUUGAUGUUGCUGUGAAAGUUCAAAGACCUAAUCUGCGACAUGUAGUGUUUCGGGAUAUCUAUAUCAUGCGAGUUGGGCUGAACAAUGUGCAACGAGUGAUGAAAAGAAAAAGUGAUCUACGCCUUUAUGCUGAUGAGCUUGGGAAAGGGUUGGUGGGGGAGUUGGACUAUACUUUGGAGGCUGCAAAUGCUCUAGAGUUCAUGGAAGCUCAUUCUUCAUUUUCUUUCAUUCGUGUUCCAAAAGUAUAUCAGCAUCUGACUCAAAAAAGGGUCCUAACUAUGGAGUGGAUGGCCGGUGAGAAUCCAAAGGAAUUACUUUCCAAAUGCAGUAGUGAGUUUGAACAGGAAUCUCAAUAUUCAGAAAAGCAGCGAAUCGAUGCUAAGAAGCAUCUUCUUGAUCUGGUUAGCAAAGGAGUUGAGGCAUGUCUUGUUCAACUUAUUGAAACUGGCUUAUUGCAUGCUGAUCCACAUCCUGGAAAUAUGCUUUAUUUACCAUCUGGGCAAAUAGGGUUUCUUGAUUUUGGACUAAUAUGUCGGAUGGAAAAGAAACAUAAGUUUGCCAUGCUUGGAUCUAUUAUUCAUAUAGUAAAUGGAGACUGGGCAUCUCUUGUUGGAGCCCUUGCUGAUAUGGAUGUCGUAAGGCCUGGAAUAAAUGUCUCGCGAGUUAUCAUGGAACUGGAAUAUGCCAUGGAUGAGAUAGAAUUCGAGGAUGGAAUCCCUGAUGUCAGAUUUAGCCGGGUGCUGGGUAAAAUUUGGGCCAUAGCCUUGAAGUAUCAUUUCCGCAUGCCGCCAUAUUACACCCUGCUGCUACGGUCCCUUGCUUCCUUUGAAGGAUUAGCAAUGGCUGGGGAUCCAGGUUUUAAAACUUUUGAAAGUUCAUACCCGUAUGUUGUUCGUAAACUCCUUACUGAUAACUCACUUGAUACAAGGAAGAUCCUGCACUCGGUUGUGUUAAACAAAAGAAAAGAACUUCAAUGGGAGAAGGUUUCUUUUUUAUUGAGAGUUGGUGCAACGAGCAAAGGUAUACACCUGGCACUAAAAAGUGGAACUUCUGUCGAAGAUCCCUCCAAUGGACCAGCUCGAGUAAUGGAUACCAUAAACUUAGUCCUUAAACUUGUACUUUCAAAAGAUGGUGUGGUAGUGAGACGACUUUUGAUGACUGCAGAUGGAGCCUCACUAAUCCGGGGUAUAGUUUCCAAGGAAGCAAGACCUUUCCGCCAUCAAGUAUGCAAAUUAAUUGCAGAUAUGCUAUAUCAUUCGAUAUGUGCAGCCUUAGACAAAUCUUUCAUCGCCACCAGAUAUGGUGCCAUUCACAGAUCAUCGUCUUCGACACCAGCCAUCACCUUCCAGUCUCUAGUGAAAAAUCGGCGUCUCAAAGUCAUUUUCCUCAAAGUCUUAGAAUCUGGAAGAAAAGAUCUGGUACUUAUGGCCCGCUUAUGCUGGGUUAGCUUUUUGACACUUGUUGCAGCAUCUGCUUUGGCUUGUCACCGUGUAGUUGUUUCUUUAUCCGAGACUUAUUUGGGCCGUUUAUCAUUCGCUUCCAAGAAACUUGCAGUAAGUACCUAAUCUUAUAUGUGAAUACAUGAAGACUACAGAUGACUGAGACUGAGAAUAUGAUGAAUCCAGAAUUAUAAUGCUCCUACUUUUGGAAUUGUAGUGCUAAUUCAAAAUGUUGUGGUUUCGACACUAAGGAUCACAUUUCCAUGACUAAUUGUAUAGGUUCCAAUUCUGCAAUAAAUUAUCUUGAAGUGCUCGCAUUUCAUUGUAAA